AUGGCCUUGAUCUUUUAUCUCGCUGUUGCCGGCGCAGAUGAGCCCAUAGUGCAGUAUGACACAAUAGUGGUAGGGCUGGGGGCGGCUGGGGUGACAGCAGCAUCAACUCUCGCUAAAGCAGGGAAGAAAGUCCUGGGCUUGGAGGCUCAGAAUCGUAUCGGCGGUCGUGUUAAUACUGUGCCUUUCGGUGAUGGCGUUGUCGAGCUUGGUGCGGAAUGGAUCAACGGUCAGUACUCCAGUAGGGUGUACGAUACUGCAAUCCAGAACAACAUCACCCUGCUCUCUCAGAAUUUAGCCAUGGACGUGUAUAAGUCGGACGGGACCAGAGACAAUAACGAGCUGGUGAAAGAACUGAUAACGUAUUGCUUGGCUUUGAUAGAAGACACCAACACUGAAGAGGAUUCUUUGGGCGCUUAUAUCACUCGGAAAUUAAAACAACAUUUAAAAGAGACCCAUCCAGAGUUACUCAACGACAAAGAUUUCCUCAAGGAGUUCCUUGCCCUCAUGGACCUCACAGUAGACAACUUCAAGGGUUCAAACAGCUGGAAUGAGGCCAGCACAAAAACAGACUACAGGGAGCUAGAAGGUGACCGAAGUUUGAGUUGGCACCGAUACGGUUACAAAACCUUCUUCGAACUGCUGUUGAACACAUAUCAAGGCGGACCAGGCUUAGCGAACUUAGACAUUAAGCUCAACACAGAAGUGACUAAUAUCGUCUGGCCGCAACAACCCUCUACCCCAGUGGAAGUGACCUGCAAGGACGGUAAAGUGUACAGAGCCAACAAUGUCAUUGUCACCGUAUCGGUUGGAGUUUUAAAGGAAAGACACAUGACCCUGUUCACCCCUUCAUUGCCAAGUGAGAAAGUAAACGCCAUCAGCAGACUGACAGUGGGUCUAUUGGAUAAAAUUAUUAUCUCAUUCGAUAAGCCUUGGUGGCCGGUUUCGCAAAACCUUUUCGUGUUCCUAUGGAAGGGGGAAGACAAGAAAAAAGUGGAUAAAGAAGAUCUCUGGACUACUAAGAUAUACGCCGCAAGCACUGACAUGGGGGCCAGUAAUACGCUGACCUUGUGGACUAGUGGGGAUACAGCCAAAUGGGUAGAAACUAUACCAGAGGAAAUUGUGAAGAGGAAAGCGUUUGAACUGCUCCAGAAGUUCCUUGGAGCCAAUGUGACAAUACCCGAGCCAACUGGAAUGGUUAGGUCAACCUGGUACUCGAAUCCGUACAUCAGAGGUACUUUCGCUUUCGAUAGUGUGAGCUCAGUGAAGUAUCCCAACUCCAGGGCGGAUUUGGGCAAACCACUCCUAGAUAGUGCUGGCAUAGCAAAAGUACUUUUCGCGGGAGAGGCACUUGACUUGACUCACUUUACGAAUGUCCACGCAGCGAGUGAGAGUGGCUACAAAGAAGCUGCGAGGAUUUUAGCCUCUAGCGAAAAUUAA